UUCACUUUGGGGUUGCGGUUUGACUGGCAUGUUUGGUCCUGAAGUUCCACGAUUUCUGGACACAUUCCUGUUUGCUGCCUUAAUUUCUGCUGUUGAUCCGGUAGCUGUUUUGGCAGUUUUUGAAGAGAUUCAUGUCAAUGAAGUACUAUAUAUUGUUGUAUUUGGUGAAUCACUGUUAAACGAUGCUGUGACGGUCGUUAUGUAUCAUAUGAUGGAAGUAUACAACGAAAUCGGCAUAUCUGAGAUAAUUGCUCAAGAUAUUGCCAGCGGCGUAGGUUCCUUCUUUGUUGUUGCCAUUGGUGGUACUGUUAUUGGCAUAAUUUGGGGCUUCCUAACCGGUCUAGUGACUCGUUUCACCGAUCAUGUGCGUGUCAUUGAACCGAUCUUCAUCUUUGUAAUGGCAUAUUUGGCUUAUCUUAAUGCGGAAAUAUUUCACAUGAGUGGCAUUUUAGCCAUAACCUUCUGUGGCAUUACAAUGAAAAACUAUGUUGAAGCGAAUAUUUCACAAAAAUCGCAUACAACAAUAAAAUAUGCACUAAAAAUGUUAUCCAGUUCAUCGGAAACAAUUAUAUUCAUGUUCCUCGGUGUGGCAACAGUCAAUAAUAAUCACGUGUGGAACACUGCCUUUGUGCUGUUGACUAUUACAUUCUGUUCGGUGUAUCGUGUUUUUGGAGUUGUGAUAUUAUCUGCAUUGGCGAAUCGUUUCCGAUUGCACAAGUUGUCACGUGUCGAUCAAUUUGUUAUGUCCUAUGGCGGUUUGCGUGGUGCGGUCGCCUUUGCAUUGGUGCUGUUGGUCGACGAGCGCAUCGUCAAACAAAAGGAUAUGUAUGUAACAACCACAAUAGCUGUGAUUUAUUUCACUGUUUUCCUGCAAGGCAUAACGAUAAAACCGCUGGUGAAGUUGUUGAAAGUGAAGCGUGCAAGCAAGAAAAAGCCAACAAUGAAUGAACGCAUACAUGAGCGGUUUAUAGACCACUUGAUGGCUGGUAUUGAAGAUAUAAUUGGCAAGACUGGCAACUACAAUGUGCGGGAUAAGUUCAAACGUUUCGACAACCGCUUCAUCAGGCCGCUUGUGAUAAGAGAUUUAAAGGGUGCUGAACCGAAAAUCAUAGAAACCUAUUCGAAACUUACAAUGCGUGAUGCUAUGGAAGUGAUGCGCCGCAAUCCCUCGACCAUCGGACAAAUAACGGCCACCGAAUCGAUGAGUGCUCUCUUCAGAAAUUACACCAGUAAUUGUAUUGGUGGAAGGUGGGCACCACCAACUAUUUACACAACAUGUCCAAGCCUUACGAAUCUGGACAAUAGUUGCUCACGCAAUCUCGAUAUGCAUGAGUUGGAUUAUAAUCCGUCGAAAAAAGAUCUGACAGAUGCAAAAAUACAUCAUCUACUUGCCGAGGAGCUGAAACCGUAUCGAAGGCACCGCCGCCUUAGUUAUAGCCGACACGCAGUAGAUGACAGAGAUUUGUCUACGCAGGUGAAUUACAAAAUGCAAAUGAAUUUCCGACGCAUGUUCAACGAUCGGAAACAUCACAAGCGCAGCAAACGUGCCAGUAAUAAGCAACAAGAUGGUGUUAAACAAAAUCAUGUCUCAUUCCACGACUUCCAAAAGAACGGGACAACGAACCAAUUCUCGCAUGGAGAAGAAAAUCUGGGCAAACUGAACGAGGUGACAGUUGUGAGUGGCGAUGAUUGGGAUGAUGGCUUAACAUUUACGGCGAAAUCCUCACCGGACUCGGAUCGUGCCAAUAAUAACUCCCUUAUAGCACACAUACAGAAUUUACCCGGUUUCGAUGCAUCAAAGGCGCGCAUCGUCCAACAUUACUCCGCACCGAAAAGUGAAAACGGCAGCCCUGAGAAAUUAUUAACGCCCGAUAUGGGCCCGACAGCGGCCGAAUCGAUAUUGCCAUGGCGACGGGAUCGUUCCUACCAAUGCAUUGUUGCUGAAAAUCCCAUACCUGAGGAAGAUCACAAUAUCUCUCGUGAUUCAGAUGGUGAACGACGAGUGGCAACACCCACAGCCACCGAGUCGCAGCUACCCUGGAAGCGACAGGGUGAUGAGUUGUCAGAUGCUGUGCAACAAAACGAGUUUCCCGCCUGGGCUUCAAAUAAGGAGUAUCUGGCGUACAACUCACCCAGCGCCACAUUUUUAG